GGAUCCAUCUGUGUUUCCCUGGAAUUGGACAGGCAGCUCUAGUCAGUGAGAAAUCGCAGAUGUGAGGGAACUGACACAUGUCCAGCUAAUGAAAGGAGAAAGGAAGGCUGGUCGCAGGCUGUGCUGGAAGAUUACGAGCAGAAAAAAAGAAAACAUUUCAUUUAUAUUUCAAAGAAAAUAGGUGUAUUUGACAGCAGCUGGAUUGUUGUAACCUCAGUGUUUAGGUUGCUAACGAGAAGAGGUUGCCAGUGAUGCCUGGAUCCCCUGUGGAAGUGAAGAUACAGUCAAGAUCCUCUCCUCCCAGCAUGCCGCCUCUGCCACCCGUGAACCCAGGAGGCCCUCGGCCAGUGUCCUUCACCCCUACAGCAUUGCCUAAUGGUAUUAACCAUUCACCCCCAACACUCAAUGGGGCACCAUCUCCGCCCCAGAGGUUCAGCAACGCUCCUGCCUCCUCCUCCUCACUGACCAAUCAGCAACUUCCAGCUACCUGUGGGGCCCGGCAACUCAGCAAACUAAAGCGCUUCCUUACCACCCUUCAGCAGUUCGGCAAUGACAUUUCCCCAGAGAUUGGGGAGAAGGUGCGGACACUUGUCCUAGCAUUGGUGAACUCAACAGUGACAAUUGAAGAAUUUCACUGCAAGCUCCAAGAAGCCACCAACUUCCCUCUACGUCCCUUUGUGAUUCCAUUUCUGAAGGCCAACCUUCCACUGCUGCAGAGGGAGCUGCUGCAUUGUGCCCGAGCUGCCAAGCAAACACCAUCCCAGUACCUGGCCCAGCAUGAGCACAUUCUUCUCAACACAAACACCACAUCCCCAGCUGACUCCUCUGAGCUGCUGAUUGAGGUGAAUGGAAAUGGAAAAAGACACAGUCCAGACAGAAGAGAAGACAGUAGUUUUGAGAGAGAUCCACUGCCAUCUGAGCCUCCUGCCAAGAGAGUGUGCACCAUUAGUCCGGCUCCUCGGCACAGUCCCGCUCUGACCCUUCCACUCAUGACUUCUGCUGGGCAGUUCCACCCAACCCCACCUCCUCUUCAACACUACACCUUGGAAGACAUUGCAACUUCCCAUCUUUACAGAGACCCCAGCAAGAUGCUUGAGCACAGGGAUAUGCGUGACAGACACAGCGGUCUUGGUUUGAAUGGAGGCUAUCAGGAUGAGCUGGUGGACCACCGGUUAACAGAGAGAGAGUGGGCUGAUGAGUGGAAGCAUCUUGAUCAUGCAUUGAAUUGCAUCAUGGAAAUGGUGGAGAAAACUAGGCGCUCCAUGGCAGUUCUGCGACGUUGUCAAGAGGCUGACCGGGAGGAGCUGAACUACUGGAAAAGGCGUUAUAGUGAGACUGCAGACACACGGAAGGGUGGGAGUGAACUCAUCUCAAGGCAACAGAGUCCUGGGAGCUCCGACUCCAUCAGCAGCGAUUCCCUGCGGGAGUUCAGCAGCAGGUCGGGGACAGGCUAUGUCACUGAAGAGAUAUGGAAAAAAGCUGAAGAAGCUGUGAAUGAGGUGAAGCGCCAAGCCAUGUCUGAGGUACAGAAAGCUGUUGCUGAGGCCGAGCAGAAAGCAUUUGAAAUGAUUGCAUCUGAGAGGGCUCGAAUGGAGCAAACCAUUGCAGAUGCAAAGCGCCAGGCUACAGAGGAUGCUUUCCUGGUAAUAAAUGAGCAGGAAGAAUCUACGGAGAGCUGUUGGAACUGCGGCCGCAAAGCCAGCGAGACCUGCAGUGGAUGCAACAUUGCCCGGUACUGUGGCUCUUUCUGCCAGCACAAAGACUGGGAGAGGCAUCAUCGAAUCUGUGGACAGGGGUUACACAGCCAGGUGAAGCCACUUGCCCUGCCCACAGGGCGCUCCUCUGCAGCAGCUGCCAAAGCAGUUGAUGGAGUACCAAGUCCAGCCCUGGAGAAGACCUCUGCAACCACCUCGCGAUCUUCUACCCCAGCCUCUGUGACAGCAAUAGACACGAAUGGACUCUAAAUAACAAGGUUUUGUUUAGUACAUUUUAUUAAUUUUCCUAUUUUUAGACCUAAAACCCCCUUGCAGUUCAUGACAAUUUGUCAAAACUAUACCAACUACUCUAGAACACUGAUACUCUGGCUAAUGUUUGUGGGGCUUUUCCCAUGCCGUUAUACUCUCUUACAGUUCAUAAGGAACUCAUGCCAGCCUUGCCUCAACACUGGUCUCUAACAAGUCUUGCAUCCAGAGAGCACAUCACUAGGACUGUAAGGACUAUGGUGUCUCCCUUUUUAUUUUAACUUAACUUUAUGGAAAGAGUUUUUGCAGUGGCACGCGAGAGAACCAGGCUAGCCACAUACAGUUAAGGAUGUUCUAAAUAAGGGUGAUGUGUGCUGUACUCCUUUCUACAGGGCAGCUAGGUUACCUGAAUGGUCACCUUGCUCAGCUGCUCCUCUCCUCUUGCUGGGUAGGCAUUUAACUUAUUUCAGGACACUGCAUCUUAUAUGGCGCUGUACCAGCAAAGCCAGCAGUCCCCACCAGUUAUUUGGCAGAGCUGUUUAUCCUCAUGGAAGAUGCUCAUUUGCCAGCACAGUGUAAAAUGAGCAGGUUUUUUUGGUUUUAACUCUCCCCACCUUCCCCCAUAUCUCAGAGACUGCAAGGACUGGGUACUCCAGAAGAGAGGAGGAUUCUGUUCUGCUGAAGAAAGAAUCUAAAACAAGUCACAAAACCUGAGUUCAUAAGUUGAUUGCUUUUAUAUGGCCCCCUUUUUAACUCCUUUCUCUAACUGGACAGUCCAGUGUUUUAUCAGUUUGGGUAGAAACCUCUACGUUCAUGGACUGAAUUCAGACCAUACGCAGACAUUUCAUAGUUGUCUAGUGCCCCUUCAGAGUGCAUAGAGUUAUUUUUGCUGUGCAGAAAGCACUUGUCCACUACAUGGAAAUUGUUGGGUUUUGAGUUCUUGAUUUUGUUUUUAUUAAGCAAAUCUUCACACUACUGCAAAUCAUCAUUUAUAGUCUAUUCUUUCCAAGCAUAUUAGCCAAACUAUUUAAAAAUAAAAUCAGAGCUUCAUAUUUCACAUCAAUUUUUAAAGCAUCCAAGCCUAAUGGAAAUAGCAGAGCUCUGCUCUGUGCUCAACCUUAAUUCUAGCCAUGUAUUUUCCUUACAGGGAAAUGCAACUCUUAACACCUGGUUGCACUGCAGUGUUUAAUCAUCUUGUUCAGCAUUUGAAGCUGUUCUAAAGAUGACUUAUUAGACAAUUGAAAUCUAGCCGGAUUGUGACAUUCUGUCCAAAUUUUGCUAAACUGGCUAUAAGUAGCUGUUUGGGUGUGAAGGGAAUUUUCUAAUCUAGGACGUGGUAUGUGUCCAACAUUGACCAAACUGGUUCAGUGUGUGCAAGGCGUACAGAGUUUGCCUGGAGGAUUCAUCUAAAGAUGCCCUACAAGAGCUUGUUAGAUGUGUAGCUAAUUCAACUGGAAUCGGCAUGUGCUUGAUUCAAGAUUCACACAGAUUCCUCAUGCUGCAUACCAGUAAGAUCUAGAACAUUGACUGUUGAAUAGGAUUUGUUACUUAGACUUUUCUUGUGUGAUCUUUGGAUUGGUGCCAAACAAGACAAAUAGUUCCCAAAUUCAAUGUGAUCAUUUAAAAAAAAAAAAGUAGAACCUGGUAACAAAGAUGUACUUAAUAUUCCUUUGGCUGGCAAAAGGCAAAAAGCUAGCUCUCCACUGCCUGUGUGUCAUUGGUAUGUACUGGUAACAAAAGGAGGAAAGUUCAAUCCAAAAAUCUUCUGGUUUUGAAGAAAGCCCCCAAAAUAUAAUAUUUGGAACCUGUAGUUUUGUCCUGCAAAAGAUUAUUACUCACCACAAUUCAACCACUUGCUGCAGUUAUGGAUUACAGAUGCAUGUAACGGCUGCUCCUGAAACAUGAUGAAUAUCAACUUUGCUGCUUCUUCAAGGAAGGACAGACUGGGCUUGCUUGUAGUGGGCAGGGAGGGAAAACUGUUGUUAAUGUCAUGCUAAUCUGAACUUGGACUUAGUCCUUCCCUGGGUGUGUACUGUGGCUAUGUUUGGGUACAAGGAUGUUCAGUUUAUAUCAGCUAAAAAGAGUAGCUGAUACCUCCUGGAUAAUGGAAACCUAUUUGGAAACUGUUCUUAUUCUGUGUAAAAUUCUCAUUUCUGUUCCCUUUGUUCCUAAUUGCUCUGAGAGUAUUUGUGGAGAAGCAGUUUAUCAUAUGUGGAGUCCUAGUCCCCUGGUUUGGGAUCAAGCCUUUUUAGAACUCAAAUUUAUGCAGGGUUGGGGAGGAACAGAGAAGAAACUAAAGUAUCGGUUUUCAUGAAAAGGUCCUUAGUCAUGUACAGCUAGAUUCUGCAGCCCCUAAACAAUCAGUGCUCCCCCUGAAGUCACAGGGAGAUUUAAAGAUCAUCUUGAUACAAUGGGAACCCCUAAAAAUAUUUAGUUGCCUCAGGUACCUAAGCUACAUUGCCACAAUUAGUUGCAGCAUCCCCUGCACUAGGCUACAGUUUUGAAAUAAUGUUGUUAAAUUUACCUAAGGGCAACUGCUAUAAAAUGAAGCCCAAAAGAGAAUGAGAGAAAUACAGCACUAUACGGAAUUGUUUGUAAAUAGACCGUCUUCCAUAGUUUUCAUGCAACUUCAACAGCUCUCAGUGUAUUACAAUAAAACUUAACCCCAGUGUAACUGAAUGAAUACUAACAGUCAUGAUUAGAAUGAUUUUUUUAAUGGAAUGAUAAAUGUGAAAUUCUGGUACGGAAAGACAUGUUGGAUUGAGUUCUCUAUAUUUUUUUGUUCAUUUAAUUCUGUAAUAGGAAUUUGUUAUUUCAUUCCUGUGCAUAACUUAUUUAAUGUACUGUAUAAAGGAACCCAAACUGUUACAGAUGUUAUUUAGUUUCUUCUACUCAAAGUAGUCAAUAAAAAAGACUAUAUUCAUCAUA